AUGGCGCCCACCACUGACGUCCCGUCCCCCAACGGCGCGACAAAGUCCAGCGGCGGCGACAUGGACUCUCCGAUGCGCGGGUACAGCGACUCGCCGCUUGAGCAGCAUCGUCAAGACCUGCAGCGCGCCAUCGAGCGGUCCAUUCGCACGCUGUUCAGCACCGGCCUGACUCCCGACGCCGUCUCCACCAUCCUUCGCAAGACCUUCUACACAUCGGCAAAACUAGAAGGCCACAAAACCCGCGAGAUCCGCGACAACAUCAGGGAGGGCGGCGUCGCAUCUGCCGCUGCUGCCGCAGAGGAGGGCCCCUCCGCCUCCUUCGGCCCGGGGCCGCUGCUUGAGGAGGGCUACGGCCAGGGCUGCCCCGUGCGCGAGCAGAUGGUCGGCUUCGGCGCACAGCUCGACCGCAUCAGCGCGCGCGUCGACGAGAUCACGUCCAUGGUCAAGUCUGCCACGUACCGGGUCGAGGUCUCGCGGGGACGGUCUCUGCCGAAGAAGAAGAAGGCGAAUCGUUCGGCUGGUGCGGAGGAAUAA